UACAGCUGCGCGAUAUGCCUUGAAAUCGUUCAUUGUAACUUUUUAUAAACGGCAGAAGUAACGCGGUUUGUUUGAACCGUUCAUUGUUCCUGUUCUUUCUCUGGAGCAAUGGAAAUACCGCGCGCUCUGAUUUCAACAUUUUGUUAGUAUUAGGCCUACACGUGAGAUUUGACCAACACUUCAAAGAGAGUUUUAAUGGUAUAAGAUACGCGUAUGUUAAAUCUUUGAAUAAGGAGGUGGCGAUCACUUGUCCCUCACUGCGCUGUCAUCUUUAGGCAAAAUCUCGGAAUGCUGCAUUAUAUUCAAUGUCUGCCUUUGUGGUGACAUUUGGUUCACUUGGAUCGAGGGUUACGUAGUUUUCUCGAACUUCUGGAACACAUCGAGCAGAUUGUUUUGCCUUUCACUAAGGACAGAAACGCAGUGAUUGGAGUUGCAAAAUAUGGCCCACUGUGCUGGAUGCGAGAGGCCUAUUCUGGACAGAUUCCUGCUCAGCGUCUUGGAUAGAGCCUGGCAUGCCAAAUGCGUGCAAUGCUGUGACUGCAAAUGUAAUUUAACUGAUAGAUGCUUUUCAAGAGAAGGACGACUCUACUGCAAAAACGACUUUGUCAGACGUUAUGGCACUAAAUGUGGAGGUUGCGCGCAGGGGAUCUCACCCAAUGAUCUCGUACGGAAAGCGCGAAGCAAAGUCUUUCACCUGAACUGUUUCACCUGUAUCAUGUGCAAUAAACAACUUUCCACGGGGGAAGAAUUAUACAUACUAGAUGAAUAUAAAUUUGUCUGCAAGGAGGAUUACGUGAACAACAGCAUGGGAAAAGACACAAACCUCCUGUCAAUUACAUGCAGCGAUCCGAGCCUAUCGCCAGAAUCUCAGGAUCCUCAAGACGAUUAUAAAGACUCUGAGACCGGACAGCUGUCCGACAAGGAGACCUGCAACAACGAAAACGACGAGCAGAAUCUCGGCGGGAAACGUCGCGGGCCGCGCACGACUAUCAAAGCCAAACAACUGGAGACGCUGAAAGCUGCUUUCGCCGCCACACCUAAACCCACCAGACACAUACGAGAGCAGCUGGCACAGGACACAGGCCUCAAUAUGCGAGUCAUACAGGUGUGGUUUCAGAAUCGUCGCUCUAAAGAGAGGCGCAUGAAGCAGCUGAGCGCGCUGGGCGCCAGACGACACAUGUUCUUCCGCAGUCCGAGGAGAAUGAGAGCGCUGCACGCCGACCGACUGGAACCAGGAGAGCUCAUGGCCAACGGACAUUUCUCGUACUAUGGUGACUAUCAAAGUGAAUACUAUGGCCCAGGAUCUGACUACAACUACUUCCCUCAGUUUCUACCAUCCUCCCAAGCCCAGACUCCAGGUGAUCUGGGAUUCAUGCCAUCCUCUGGCCCAGCAGGAACCCCUCUAGGGAGCAUGGACCACCACCAUGGAGCACACCACCCCUCCAGUGAGGCACAAUGCUUCAGUGAGAUGAUAUCGCACCACCUUGGGGACUCUCCCAGCCCAGAGCCCAGCGCACCCACCUCCAUUCACAGUAUCUCUAAUGACAUGUGUGACUCCAAUCCGCCUUUCACAUCCCUGAACUCUCUCAGUGGCAAUGGAUACAGCAAUCAACUGUCUCUCCCUUCCACAGAAAUGAAUGAGGGGACGGUUUGGUAGAAGCCAAACUAAUUCAGGAUACAAACAUGUGGAAAUGUACUCUUUGUGCGUGAUUUUACAGCAGCAGUGUUUCUAUUUAGUUCAUUUAUCUAUUUAAUUAUCUGUCUAUUUAUGUUAAUUUGUUUACUUAUUUAUUUAAUUUAUUUAUCUAUUCAAAGCAACAUUUGUGUACUUGAAAGUGGAAUGUCAAAUAUGGGUCUGUAGAACUUGUAGUGCUAAAGACAACGACAGUUUAAGAAAAUAACAGAAUGCUGGUGUGUCUGUUUAAAUGUGUAGCAUAACCUGACUCCUCAAACCUCUUUGCCUUUCAAGGCUUUGCCAUAAUGACACUUGAAAUCAUCUUGCACCAAAACAUUUCUCUGCUUGUUACAUUUCUAUUAUGCGUUCCACCAAAUCUCAGUGCAUUUGUGUUUAAAAGGGAAACUUAAAAAUGUUCUGACAAACCCUUUAUUUACAAUGAAAUAUGACUUGAAUUUUAGAACUAAAAUUAUUUAAUAUGGCCAGUGGACAGAGAGCAGUCAAUUGUUUACAUAUAUUUUAUUCAAGGGUUUUAAUAUCAACAAUGACUUAAAAAAACCCUUUUAUACUGAUGGAUACACUUUUUCUUCAAGCAAGUAACCAAACAUUUGAAUUAAUACAAUUGAUAUUUGAGUUGUGAUUAACUGCUCUAGUUUGUAUGAUUGU